CGCAAUUAUCUGAUUGAAUGCGAGCCUUUGGCAAGGAUAAAUCCAUAAGGCGCAGCAGUCAAUAAUCAUCGCAACUAGCGGCGUCGAUAUUUUUUGCGACAAAUCUUUAGUUAUUAUUAUAUCAGCAAAAGACUUACGCUGUAUGGCUCAAAAGGCAGCUUUUUUUCUCUAUGUGAGCUCAGCGGCCAUGCCGAUUACUGUCAGCUCUACCUAAAUAGGUAACCUGGGCCCCAAAGAACCAACAGAGCCUUGCUUGUUGGUACUUCUGCAGAAUUUACAAUAAGACCAUAAAGACGACCAACUUUCGUCAUUGGGGCCUGAUGGUCACCGUCCCAUCCAUCUCCCUCUCUCUCCCUCGGACCGGAUACCAUCGCUCAUAUUAGUUACGGAAUUUCAACCGGAGACAAAACGAAGCUGGAAAAUAAUAUAUCGAAAAAGAAAAGCAAAAUGUCCAGGGUAUCGCUCGCUCUCAAAGUGGCCAUAGGCUUGCUUAUGGUCGACUCCAUCAUCGAAUUGUCCUUCGUUAGUAGCAUGGUCGGAUGGAUACACCGCAGGGCUAGCCAGGGUUUUUUAUUCAACCUCGGCGACUCGACUUUCCUCCUAGCUGGCGAGCCAUUGAACAUCAUGGUCGAUCAGGGCCAUACCAGCAACGGCGCCGCGGGAACUGCUUUUGUUCUCAUCGGGCUCGGCGGCAUUAUCGCUCUCACGCUUCGAUCGUGGUCCCGCAAUAAGUCGGGCGGAGUAGCGGCAUUCUCGCAAUGGGUGUACUAUCUCUGGCUAUUGCUCACUGUUCUGGCCUUCUUCCUUACGACGGGGGCGCUGGGGUACGUGUUCUCAGUGACGAAUGCGCACGAGGGUCAGACUAUCGACACUGCCCUGGCCGCAGGGUUAAACGGCGACCGCUACCCGCUAGACUCCUGGACGCCGCAAAAUUGGUUCUCGGCUGUACUGCAACUAGACUUGGUGGACGCGAGAGGCGACAUACAGAGCCACUUGUCGCUCAUGAGAGGGUGGCAGUACAACUUGAUCCCAAUGUUCCUGGUUCAGCUGGUUGUUACGGUGCUUGCGUGGUGGGAGUUCUUGAGCUGGCGAAGACAGACGAGGAAUGUUGUUGUACACGAAGAAAAGUAAAGGGGAAGCAUGCCUAGUACGGAGAUAUAAGGGGAUGGACGGGUUAAUGGGUGGAAGAGUGUCGUCGGUUUAACUACAUAAAAGAGGAGCGCAGCAUACACUUGUACACCACAGGUCAUUACCAAGAAAAGGGUUCGCAAGUUUGGUACAGCAAUGUCGGAACCUAUUUCAAGAUUCCCAUUAAGAAUAGCAUGAAUGAAUAAUAAUGAAUUCGUAUAAUCAGGUACUGAUGGUAUACGCAACUUA